UUCCUUUCUAGUUGUGCUGAUCACAUCUGGAAAGCCUCUGAUUCGGGAAAGGGGGAAAGUGUUCGGCACUCGACGUGUAUAAUGGCCAUGGCAUGAGCAAACGGAGCCUUUGGUGGGGGGGACCAGAGAGACCAUUUUUUUCCCAGACAUUUCCAUCACUGUCCAGAAAGUUGAGUGGAAAUGUACCUGAACUUCCUAUUCCUGUUUCCGGUGCUGUGGCUAUUGAUGCUUAACUCCAGUGGGAUUCAAGGCCAGGACAACGAAGACAGUAACGAAUUCCCAGACCAUUCUCCUAAGCUACUCAAUCAUCAAGAUAUUUCCUUGGCUCAAGAUUGCCCGAAAAAAUGCACCUGCACCUCAGAAGGAAUUGUGGAUUGUGGUGGAUUUUCACUGAAAGAAUUUCCCAUGAAUGUCCCAGAAAUGACAAGCCACCUUUCUUUACAGAACAACCAGAUAGAAACAAUCAUUCCAGAACAGCUUGCACGCCUCCCCUGGCUAGAAACAUUGAAUCUACAAAACAACAGACUCACAUCCAAAGGGCUUCCAGAGAAUACAUUUGACCAGCUGGAGAAUUUGAAUUACCUGUACCUUGCAAAUAACCAGCUCACAAUAGCUCCGAAGUUCCUUCCACAGACUUUGAUCAGUGUGGAUUUUGCUGCCAAUAAUCUCACCAAAAUUUAUGAUCUCACUUUUGGACAAAAACCAAACCUGAGGUCAGUCUAUCUUCACAACAAUAAGCUUGAUGAUGCCGGACUACCAGAAAACAUGUUCAACGGUUCUGACAAUGUGGAAAUCUUGAUCAUGUCCAGCAACUUCUUAAAAUAUGUUCCAAAGAAUCUACCACGAGCAUUGUAUAAGCUACAUCUUAAGAAUAACAAAUUGGAGAAGAUUCCUACAGGAGCUUUCAAUGAGCUGUCAGAUCUUCGAGAGUUAUAUUUGCAGAACAAUAAAUUAAACAAUGAGGGGAUGGACAAUGAAACCUUUUGGAAACUCUCAAGCCUCGAGUACCUGGAUUUGUCUAGCAAUAAUCUUUCCCAGAUUCCACCCGGUUUGCCUCGAAACAUUGUCCUUCUCCACUUAGAGAAGAACGCAAUAAGAUCAAUUGGCAAUGACGUCUUGACCCAAAUCAAACACCUGGAAUAUCUUCUGCUUCACAAUAACAAGCUCAAGGCCCGAGAGAUCCAUCCACUGGCUUUUCAUGGUUUGAAGAAAUUGCACACAGUUCAUUUGUAUAACAACCUGCUGGAAAAAAUCCCCAGUGGGCUGCCCAGACGAGUAAAAACACUUAUGAUUCUCUACAAUCAGAUUUCAGAAAUUGGCAGGGAGGAUUUUGCUACCACUUAUUUCAUGGAGGAACUCAACCUGAGCUACAAUAAGAUCACCAGCUCACAGAUUCAUCGGGAGUCUUUCCGUAAACUGAAACUACUGAAGUCCUUGGAUUUUUCAGGCAAUAAACUCCGUACCAUGCCUUACGGCUUCCCCAAGAAUUUGCAAAGCCUCAAGUUAAAAAUGAAUUUGAUCAGUUCCAUUCCCAAAGGCACACUCUCUGGAAUGACAAAGCUACAGGAGCUGUAUCUCAGCGCCAACAAAUUGAAAAACAAUUUAAUUCACAGUGGAUCAUGGAGAGAUCUCACCAGUCUUAAGAUACUGGACAUGGCUGCCAAUCAUCUGACUUCUAUUCCAUCUGGUUUACCAGAAACUCUAGAAUAUUUGUAUCUCCAGAGCAACAAGAUCAGCAUUGUGCCAGAGGAUGCCUUUGAUUCCACCCCCAAUAUCAAGGGAAUUUAUCUCAGGUUUAACAAGAUUGCAUUCAAUGCUGUGAAAGAGAGCACCUUCCAAAGACUGAAGCAUCUGCAAGUGCUGGACAUUGAAGGAAAUUUUGAAUUCAGUGACCCCUUGAAAAAUGAGGAUCACUCGCAGGAGGAAAUGGAGGAAGAGGACUAACGGGAAGUGGCAUUUACCUGAAAACAAAUCUUUGCUGACCCAAGCAUAUCACAUGGUAGAAGGUUAAGUUAAAUGCUUUUCUAAGCGCACACAUAAAUUAUCUCUUUUACACAACCCACGCAUCUGUGACAAAAACAAAGCUCUUUAUGGCCCUAUCCCAUGAAUUGCUAAGUUAGCAUACAAACAUAUAGUUCACAAGUCUACAUCAUUAUAAUUGGUAAUAUCACAGAUAAACAAGUGAUAAGGAUAGUAUAUCUGCAUUGGCCAGCAGUAUCACAUCCAUUAUGGCUUUCAGGUACCUCCUACCAUAGUGAUUCUGCACUGAUUGGCUCUGAAUUUUGUGGCUCAGAUAUAUCAGAUAUACUUGAUAGGAAGACAAAGUGUGUGUGUUUUUCAUCUGAAUAAUUACCUGUAUAUUGGAAUGGAGGAUGUCUUAGCAUAGAGGUUCUCCUUUAAAAGCAGCAAACAAUGAGAUGAAAUUGGCAGUAACAGAGAAUUAAUCUCAUUUCACCCUCUUGUCAAUCCUGCAAAAUAUAUAUAUAUAUAUAUUCUCUAUUCUUAUAGGAAAAAUAAUUCCCCAUCCCUCUGAAAAAUCUGGUGACAUCACCAUCUCAUUGUGGCCUCCCAGGAUGAAAAAUGCUGUCCCUGUCUAGCAAGUCACUUAGACAAUUUUUAAAGAAUCAGAUCAAUGACCAAACUUCAGAAAUAGACAACAGUGGGCCUCUCUAUACUGCUAAAUUAAAAUAUUGUAUGAUUUACCAUCUGCCACCUUAGUUAAGGCAAUAGAAAUUGCAAUUCAUUGUCAUCCAGAGAGCCAUGUUGACCAUUGCUUUAGCUAUAAAAUGGUUAAAUAUUUGAGUUACUUUGGCUAUGUGCAUUUCAAAGUAUUGUUCACUCUGAGUCACUGAGUAGUUCUGGCUUUAUAAAAUUUAAACAAAUUUCUAGCUCAGUCAGCUUUCAAGUGUCUGAUUCUUAUCUGCAACCUGAAAUUCUCCUUUGGCAGAUUGUAUUUUGACUGGUAGCCACUGAUUGUAUGGAUUGUGAUAAAGGUGAAAUAAACUAUUUCCUCCCUACAGAGCAACAAAUCAUUAAUAACAGUCACUAGUGAGCAAAUGGCCAAAUAAAUUCUAGAGUGGGAUAAAUGGUAAUGAUUACAUAAAUAACAUUUUGAUUUCAUAUUCAUCAGGAACUUAUUCAGCAAAACGGAAUGUCUCUUUGGACUGUCUAUCUGCCUCAGUCUGAUUUGUCUUGAUGGUCCAUAAAGAUACAAAGCACUUAAGAGGAAAUGCAGCAUAUCUUAUGAAAGUAUUCAGUUUUUCUAAUCCUUUGCCAAAACAGCCUGCUAAUAACAGAGCAGUGGGUGAGCCUCCUCUUUUUAAAAAAGUGUUUCUUGGGUCAUUGUGAUGUUGUGAGAAUUUACAAAAGCUGGCUUUUGUUUACUUAAAAAACACUUCUCAUUUUUACUUGUUAAUAAAAGGUAGACUCUUUAGAGUUAAGGCCCCCAUCCAAGGUUACUGAGUCAAUGCAUUUCAUCAAACAGCUAUAUUCAUCCAUGUAAGAUGGGAGAACAUGUUCUAUAGCUUCAUUGUAAGUCCAGUGUGAGGCAUCUCAGCCCUUAAGUGGUACCACAGUCAACACAGCCACAUUGGACACUUGCUCAGUAUGUAUAUAUUUGGAUU